AUGGAGAGCGGGGGUUCCACGACGGCCUCCGAGGCCUACCAAUAUGUCGGGCCCUUCAGAUUGGAGAAAACACUUGGAAAGGGCCAAACAGGCUUGGUGAAACUCGGAGUGCAUUGUGUGACCGGCAAGAAGGUGGCCAUAAAGAUUAUCAACAGAGAAAAGCUUAGUGAAUCUGUUCUAAUGAAGGUGGAGAGAGAAAUAGCAAUUAUGAAGCUCAUAGAACAUCCGCACGUGCUGGGCCUCUCCGACGUCUACGAGAACAAAAAAUAUUUGUAUUUAGUACUAGAGCAUGUGAGCGGUGGCGAGCUUUUCGAUUACCUCGUGAAGAAGGGCCGCCUGACGCCUAAGGAAGCGAGAAGGUUCUUCAGACAAAUCAUAUCAGCACUGGACUUCUGUCACAGCCAUUCCAUUUGCCAUCGAGAUCUCAAGCCUGAAAACCUUUUGCUGGACGAGCGGAAUAAUAUCAAGAUUGCAGACUUCGGCAUGGCGUCCCUUCAACCAGCUGGCUCCCUGCUAGAGACCUCGUGUGGCAGCCCUCACUACGCUUGCCCCGAAGUUAUAAGAGGCGAAAAAUAUGAUGGAAGGCGAGCUGAUGUCUGGUCUUGCGGAGUUAUUUUAUACGCUCUUCUGGUUGGAGCAUUGCCCUUCGAUGACGACAACUUGCGGCAAUUACUGGAAAAGGUGAAGCGGGGAGUAUUUCAUGUACCACAUUUUGUACCACCUGAUUGCCAGCAGCUUCUUCGUGGCAUGAUAGAAGUGAACCCUGAGAAAAGAAUGACACUUGCAGAGAUUACUCGACACCCAUGGGUGACUGCCGGCGGUCGUGGGGAGUUGGAGCAGGAACUCCCUAUGAUGGAGGUUGUACAGACCCGUGUUCUACCUUCUGCUGAUGCGAUAGACCCUGAUGUAUUACAAGCUAUUUGCAGUUUGGGUUGCUUCAAGCAGAGGGAUAAGUUAAUACAGGAGCUACUUAGUCCACAUCACAACACAGAAAAGGUUAUCUACUUUCUUCUGUUGGAGAGAAAACGGCGACGGCCCGCAAGAGAUGACGAACCCCGCCCCCCGGCUCCCGCGACCCCCGCCGACCCACCACGGAAACGACUCGACACAUGCCGGGUAAAUGGUCAAUCAGCACAUUUUGGACAGAUAAGUGAGGGUUCGCCAAUUACGCCAAGAAGAUCACAGAUUAGCAGAUCUUCGUCAGGGCGGCGUGAAGGUCGCAGUUCACCUCAAUUGGCAGCAAGCCCACCAGCUAGCCAUACUCCACACCGCGUCUCUUCGUUAGGCGGGACACCAGCAACACCUGGAUCACCUCUUGCGUCGCCGUCUCUCCGCGAGCACCACCAUCAACGUGCUAAUUCCACGGGGCCCACGAUUAGUCUGAAUAUCAGCGGCGAGCCUGGCGAGGCUGUCAUUAUUAUAAAUGAAUCACCAUUAAUGGGUUCCUCUGUGGCCGUCCGGCCGCACAGUCCUUCACAGCCGCAUCGAGUGAGGGAAAGAUCAUCUCUACCGGGUCCGCCCAGCUCCGCCCAGUCGCCCGCUCAGCCGUCGCUGUUCCCCAACCUGGGCACCUUAACAGGUAUUAUAUCGGGCGCGGGCGCGGGCGGGGGCGGCGCGGCGGGCGCGGGGGGCGCGGCGGCGCCGUGGCGCGCGCGCCUCGCCACCAUCAAAAACUCCUUCCUCGGCUCGCCGCGCUUCCACCGCCGCAAGAUGCAGACGUCGUCAGAAGAGGUACAUCUUACGCCGGAAUCCUCGCCCGAACUGACGAAGCGGUCUUGGUUCGGUUCCUUGCUGCUGUCCGCUGACAAGGAGGAAACUUUCACCGCACUUGUCAAGGGGAAGCCCCUGGCAACGGUUAAGGCUGAUCUCAUACACGCCUUUCUUAGUAUAGCGGAACUGUCUCACAGUGUGCUAAGUCCGAUGUCCUUCAGAGUUGAGUACAAGAGAGGGUCCAACGCGCCUGCCAUGUUUCAGAGGCAUGUGCGUUUUCAGGUUGACAUAUCGACAAUAACCAAAGCGCCUGGAGAAAACGGGAAGGAGUAUUUGUACGCAAUCACUUUUACGUUAUUAUCAGGCAAUAUCCGUCGGUUCCGGCGUGUGUGCGAGGUGGUGCAGGCGGCGGUGUGCCGCGCGCCCGGCGCCAGCCGAGCGCCCGCGCUGCACCCGCCCUCGCCACGCGCGCAGCGCCGCACCAUACACCCGCACGCGGCGGCGGAGAUUCCCGACAGUCCAGACCAGCCACACCAGCACUCGGAUCACGACAGUGAUUCCUCAGUCUUUGAUACAGUAAAAAGCCCCAGCCGUACUUCCAUCGACCAACUAGAUCAGAAUGGGACUCAUCCACUAGGGUCCAGUUCCUCAGUUACCAGUGGGUCCAGUGGUUACAAACAAAGUGUCCGCGGGCGGCGCGCCGCCGAGCCAGCCUCCGCCUCACUCGACCACGAGAUCAUGAGCUGCGGCCGCGACCUGCCAGGCACCCAUACGAAACGGUCGUCGUCGGAGUGUCGAGAGGCAACGUCAUCGCCUCGCCGCGGCCUAGAGUCCCGGGACAGUUCCAUACGGGACGAGCUGCGCAGGAACAACUCGCUACGGGAUUCACGCCGAGAACCGCCCUCCGCACCGCCCGCUAAUGCAUCGCUCGCGUGA